CAAAGAGUAGGUGACGUCAUUUCCAGUGGAGGGAACUUAACCCGGAAAAGGGUGUUGGCUGAGGGAGAAGAACCCGAACCAGAACUGAGUCCUGCGCUGUAUCUGGUACCAAAGUUGGAGCUGCGACAGGGACGCCAAUCACCUGGGACCGAGACGGCUUAUUAAUCCGCGCAGCCGCAGUUUGAUCCGGAGAGCUCCGUUAGCCGCUAGCAGCUAACCGUCAGGUGACGAAGAUGAGCGGAGGCAUGAACAGCAUCGAUGCGGUGAAGAAGAAGAUCAAGGUGCUGCAGGACCAGGCGGAGGAGGCGGAGGAGCGAGCCGAGCGGCUGCAGAGGGAGGUGGAGAAGGAGAAGAGGACCCGGGAGGAGGCGGAGGGCGAGGUGACGUCUCUGAGCCGGCGGCUGCAGCUCAGCGAGGAGAACCUGGACCGGGUCCAGGAGCGUCUGGCCACCGCUCUGCGGAAGCUUGACGAGGUGGAGAAGGUCGCUGAUGAGAGUGAGAGAGGGAUGAAGGUGAUCGAGAACCGAGCUCUGAAAGACGAGGAGAAGAUGGAGCAGCUGGAGGUCCAGCUGAGGGAGGCCAAGCUGAUCGCUGAGGAGGCCGACCGCAAAUAUGAGGAGGUGGCUCGUAAACUGGUGAUGGUUGAAGGAGAGCUGGAGCGGGCCGAAGACCGGGCCGAGCAGGCGGACAGUAAGGUCCGGAGGCUGGAGGAGCAGCUGAGGAGUUUCGACCAAUCACUGAAGAGCCUGCAGGCAUCUGAAGACAAGUACUCUCUGAAGGAGGACCGCUACGAGGAGGAGAUCAAGAACCUGAGCAGCAAACUGAAGGAGGCGGAGACCAGAGCAGAGUUUGCGGAACGUACGGUGGCCAAGCUGGAGAAAACCGUGGAUGAUCUGGAAGACGCCCUGACUUCAGCUAGAAGCGCCAACAUGGAGCUGCAGGCCACCCUGAAUCAGACCAUGGAGGAGCUCAACUCCUGCUGAAGCUCCUCCCACUGUGGCGCCUAACAGGAAGCUCUGAUGGCUAGCCUGCUGACGCUGCCCCUAGUGGACAGGUGUGAGGGCGUGGCCUCCUGUCUGAUUCCUGAUGUCACACAUUCCUUCUGUCUGAUGAAUUGUUCUGUUUUAACCCGCUCACUAACGCCAGCCCUCGUUUACGACUAAUUCAGUGUUUUCUCUGAACGUUUAGUUUCCUUUCAUCAUUCAUUCCUGAUUAGGGCCAAAUAUUUCAGCCAAUAAGUUUGUUUCUGAGAGGCGUGGUUUAAGUGUGAUCAGCCAAUCAUGGAAAGACAUUCCACUGCCAAAUACGGUGAGCCAGGGGCCAAUCAGAGAUCAGACACCCCCACGAUGAUGUAAUAGUGUUUUUACUUGAUGUCAUCACUGCGAUGAUGUCACAGCUCAUUGUAAUGACCCAAAGUGAAAAGAUUUUAUAAAAUAAAAGCAGCGCAUGUAAACCUGAA